AUGGCCGGCUUGGCAGCGACGGUCUAUGGAAAUGAUCAAUCCGUACGGGUACAGGGCUACCUGAGAUGCGAAGGGAAACCAUACGCCGAUGCGAGGGUGAAACUCUUCGACAAAGAUACUUUCACCCCCGACGACAAGCUGGCCGAAACGAAGACCGAUUCCCGCGGCUACUUUGACAUCCAAGGAGUCGGCCAUGAAGUCACCCGGUUAAACGCCAAAUUCAACCUCUACCAUCGCUGCGGAAUGACCGUCCCGGUCUGCUACUAUAAGAACAGCUUCAAGAUCCCGUUCGAUUACGUGACCUCUGGGCAGAAUCCCGACAAGAUCUACGAUGCCGGAACCAUCGAGCUAUCGCUUCUCAAGAAGGACCGCGACUGCAUCAACAACCUCUUAACCUGCGAUGGGGAGCCGUACACCGACGCCAGGAUCAAGAUCUACGACCAAGACACAUACACCUUCGACGACAAACUGGCCGAGGCUACAACGGAUGUCAACGGCUUUUUCGACCUUCAAGGCUCUGGCGACGAGGAUGAGCCGAUUACCUUCAAAUACAACAUCUACCACCGUUGUGGAAUGAACGUCCACAUCUGCUGGUACAAAAGCAGCUGGAAGAUCCCCGCCAACUAUGUGAACGUGGGCGGAAACACGAGCAAGAUCUACGACGCCCAGGAGACAAAACUGGAAAUGCUGAAGAAGGACCGCGACUGCUUCAAUUUUCUCAAC